GGUCUGGAUUUUGAUGAUGAUUCCGUACUUCAAGUACGGUCUUGACAUCAGCCGGCACGAGCUCCCGGGUGUCUAUGUUUGCACCAUCGGCAAAAACAAGAGGCAGUCGUCCCGCCUGCCCGUGAGCAUCACCUGCACCAUCCGGGAGAGCCGCGGCGGGGACCUGGUCGACGGCGAGCCGCGGGAGCUGAAUGCCGAUUAUGGGCCGAUUGCGCUGUGCUACCAGGGCUCGUACACCAUACUUCGCCCGUGGAACCCGCACACGUGCGUCUUCGCCGCCGGCGUGCACUGCCGCCUGGUGCACUUUCCGAUCCGGCCCCGGAGCCGCGUCUUUGUGCUGGGAUGCCCGCUGCAGACGCUAAGCCACCUCGCCGACAUCCUGGGCCCCACCGGGCAACUCAUCGGGGUGAUCCCGAAAGACAGCCCGAACCAGCCGACCCCGGCGGAGCUGGGAAGAUUCCUCGUUGGGCACCGGCACGUCUGGGUCGUGACCGAGGACGCGCCCCGGACUUACCUCACGACGGUCCCCUGGGUGAAGCCCACCUCCGCUCCGAGGCCACUGCUCCGGCAGGCCGCCGCCGCCGUGGAGGCCGCCGCGGCGGCGGCGGUCCUCGUCGCCGCCGGCGUGUCGGCAGAGGCAGGCGACGCUGGGCCUUCGUGGUCAGUCCAGCUCGGCAUCGGGCUCUUGGGGCUGAUCUUCUUGGAGGCCGCGAAGCUGGUCCUGUCCGUCGCGGGGCGGCUCGUGGAUCGGCUCCGUCGCGCGCUCUUCGCUGGUGCCCCGACGGCGCAGGCCAGCGGCGGGCAGCUGCCGCUUGGGCUGGAGCAGAAACCGCCUGUCGCGGCGCGCCCGGCGGACGAGGAGCCGAACUUCGCGGAGCUCGCCGUUGAGCAGGCGCGGGCCAGCCGCCUCCGGUACCGCGUGGCGGGGCCGCUGCUCUGGCACGAGCGGCUCACGUUGGGAGAGCGCGGCGCGUUGUCGUACAUCCUGACGCCGGACUUCGACGACUACGACGAGGGCAACGCGCCGGGGCCCGAUGUGGCGGAGGUGGUCAGACUCGUGGGCCAGGGCGCGACGCCGGCGGCGCUGGCGGCUGGGCACGUUCAUCGGUCUCGCCGGCUUCCCACGGCCGCCGAGGCCUGGGCGGCCAUCGGCCGCGCGGUUGCUGCUGGGUACCCGCCGCCCGCCCUCCAGAUGCUGAACCUCGAGCUCGCGCCGGGGAACGUGCUGGGCGUCGCUGCCGGCGUACACGCUCUGGCCAACCCAGGCGCGCCUGCUGCUGCCGGUGCCGCGGUGGCGGGCCCCGCCGGAGCCGCUGCUGGCGUGGCUGGUGGAGUCGGCGCCCUCGUGGCUGCGAUGGGUGGGCCUCCUGGCGCCCCCGCGGUGCCAGGCGCCCUGGUGCCGCCCGCUGCCGGCGGCGCGGCGCCUGCUCCAGCGCCAGCCGCCCCAGGAGUGCUGGCCGUGCCAGCGCCCGCUGCGGCCGCAUCAGCUGCGCCCGCGGCGCCGGCCCCAGCGCUGCCGCCGAUGCCACCGGCACCCGGCCCAGCGGCCCCGGGGUACGCCAAGGAGUCGAAGCUGCUGCGCGAGAUCGGCCUCGUUCCAGUCGCGAGCUUCGCCUUCGGGGAGCUCGUGGAGCAGCACUUCCAGCAGCUCGUGGAGCAGGGCUUCCUGCAGUCGGGGCUCAUCAACAGGGUGCCGGACCCCCUGAAGCUGCAGGAGCAGCAGGGAGCAGCGGACCGUAGCCGGUCCCCCCACAUCCCGAUCGCGGACGAGGCGGCCGACUUGAGCGCCGACUUCGCCCGGGAGCUGAGCAGGAUCAUCGAGAACGUCGACGAGGAGAGGAUCCACGAGAGGAUGGAGGAGUUCGAAGUGGAAGCAAGACGCAGUCGUUGGGAGGCAGAGGAGACAGUUGCACGACGACUGCGAGAGCGUUACGCAGCCGAGGCGGUUGUCGAGAGCAGCGUGAGGGACGAGGCAAUUCAGGCGGCGGAGCACAGCGCGAGACACGAGAUGCAGGCGAUCCGGGCCGAGGCGCAAGAGCGCGAACGGCUAAGGGACCAGCAGCUCUUCGCGGAGCUCCGCCAGCGCGUCGAGAUCGUAGAGCACGAGGCGGCCCAGAACCAGGAUGUUCGAUGGAGGCAGGUGGUCGAGGGCAUUGCGGAAGAAUGCCGCGACCGCUGCCGAGCAGAGCUUCACGGUGAACUCGGCGUACAACAGCAGCAGUUCCUCUUGACCGAGGAAGGGGUCGAGCGGCAGGUCGCCGCGAGGUUCCGCGAGCUCGAGGCGAACGCCGAGCGCCGCGUGCGCUUGACCGAAGAGGGCUUGCGAAACGAGUGCGUCCACCUCGAAGGGCGCAAUGACGUGCUGGAGCUGCGCGCCCACACCCGCGCGGCUGAGGCCGCCCGCGUGCAGGCCGUCGCCACGGCCCGCCAGCAGAUCGCUGUGGAGGCGCGGGAGAAGCUGUUCCUCGACGAGCAGUCUGUCUUCGAGGAGCGGAUCGACAUGCUGCGAGAGCAUGUCCACGAGCAGCUUCAGGAGAGCAACAGGUACUCUGAGGUGUUCAGCACGGAGGCCAAUGAGUACAUCCAGAAGUUGGGGAACGAGAUCAGCGACGCCUUCCAGCGCUGCGCGGAGGCGACCGCCAGGGCAGCGAGGACAGAGGCACUGGCGGAAAGUGAGAUGCGGAAGGUGGCCGAGGUCAGGCGGGAGCUGGCUGUGGCUCAGAGAUCCGCGCAGCACGUCGGGAUGACGCCGGCGCCACCGCCGCGUGCGCCGAUCACCAUGCUGCCCCCGCUCGCCAAGAGAGUCGUCAACCCGUUGACGUCUUCGGGAUUCCGUAUCGGGGACGCGGCGAAUCGUAGUCGCGUAGACCCUACGGCAACAGCUCCGCUGGCCGCCGCACCGGCGAUGCCGUCAGCAGCGUCGCAGGGCACCGUGCCAAGUUCAGGCAUCGGGGCGAGCCCGCCAGCGCAGCACUGCAUUGCCAGCAGCGACAGCGAGGACGAGGACGAGGCCUUCAUGCGCCGCCGCACGACGGUGAAGGAGAUGAAGAUCGACCCCCUCGCGAGUGCAGCUGGUCUCCGGAAGUGGACCAACGCUUUGAUGACAGAGUGUUGCCGUGUUUCGAAUCGCUCAAAGGUCAGGACGAUGAAGUACGUGAAGAGCGCGUUCGAGGCCGGCCGCGUCGAGGACGUCGAGUACAUCCCCAAGAAAUGGGACCUCUUCGACACGGAGCUCUGCUCUGCGCUGAAGUCCAGCGCUUCCGGCGCCAUAGACCGCCAGCUGACGCUCUACCAGGAGAAGAACGCGCGCCUCGGCACGCCCACGUCCGGCAGGGCGGUCCUCUACAUGAUCCUCCGGCGCUUUGAGCUCGACCACGGCAAGGCGCACCGCGUCCACCUCACGGCGCUCAACGCCUUGAAGUACAAUGGGGAUCUCGAGGUGUAUUUGGACGCCCUGGACGCCAGGCUCGCCCUAAUGACAGUCGAGCCGGACGAGGCGCUGCUACUCGCGAUCGUCGAGCCUGAGCUCCGGAAGGUUCCAGACCUCGCUUUCGAGUUUGCUCAGUUCGACCGCGCCCUCGACGACGCCCCGGAGAAGACGCUGGAGUUCUUGUAUGAUUCGGCCAGGAGGGCGUGCGCGAGAACUACGCAGAACAAAACCGUCGACGCCCUGACCCCGACGCCGAAGCAGGUGAAGCAGGUCAGGCAGGCGACCCCGAAGGGGAAGGCCAAGGCCGCGGCCAGGGAGCCAGCCAAGCUUGUACCUGAGCACCCACAGGUCGCCUGCGGAUUUUGGAGGUCCGGGAGUUGCAAGUUCGGCGACAAUUGCAAGCACGUCCACUGGAAGGACAGCGUUCACACGCCUACCGCGGCCUGGCCAGCAGGGACCGCGGUCACCCUCGGGCGGCAGCCCGGCGACAGGUGCAAGUUUUUUGCCGACGGCAAGUGUUCCCACGGGGACAAGUGCAUCUACAAGCAUGGCGACGGCGACAAGCGGGACCUCGCGGCGGUCUUGAAGGCGAAGCGCGAGGCUGACGCCAAGCAGAAGGGCAAGGGCGGCGGCAAGAAGCUGCACCUCUGCUCGUCGGAGAGCCUGUGGGGGACCUCCGAUAAGUGGGUGUUGGACACCGCGGCCAGCUUCGACGCCUCGGGGAAGGGCCUCCAGGGGGCUCACAAGGAUCUCCACGACCAGGUCGCGGUCGAGACCGGCGGAGGCAACGUCCACUGCGAUCGCGCCGUCGUCACGCACCUCAGCGAGAUCGGCGAGGACGUGGAGGCAACCGUGCUGGAGGAUGCGGACGAGACGGUCCGAGUGCUGACAGUUGGGCGCCGCUGUGCCCAGUUGGGCUUCGAGUUCACCUGGAAGCCUUUCGCUCCUGCUCCGGACGUUUUCCGGCCUGAUGGCCGGCGCGUCGACGUGAAGGUCGACCCCGAUUUCGUGCCGUACGUCGAGUCGCAGCCCAAGCCCCGCAGGGACCCAUCUGCAGGCAAGCGGCUGCUGGUCAACGUCGCUGUGGUCGACGACGACGCGCUGAUCGACGACACCGUGGAACCUGGGCAAGACGACGCUGCUAGGCACGUUGCCCGGGUGCUGGAGGGAGGCAUCACGAGCUACGACGGCGACCUGAUGCAGGACGACAAAAUUUUCCACCGGAUCCAGCUUGAGGACUCCGUCGACGACAUCGUGCUGCCCUGCGACACGUCGCGCCUCACGAAGGAGCAUCUCACGUUGCACCAGCCGGCCAUGCCGAAGUACUGUCCCGGGUGCCGGGGAGGCAAGCACGCCAAGUGGCCUUCGCGGCGACGCCCGGUCAGCGGCGUGUGCGUUCGCUGCGCCGACGCGGACGAGAGGCCGUUCGGCGCGUGCGUGCACUUGGACCACAUCGUCAUGCAGCCGGGCUCGGAGGCCGCCCGAUCGGCGAAGUACAGCUUGAACAUGCUCGACGAGCGUACGAAGUUCGCCGGAGUCUUUCCGGCGAGCUCCAGGGACGCCGACACCAUCGUCGAGGCCCACCACACCUUCGACAACGCUGUGCCUGAGAUCCGCCGCUGGUGGAGCGACAAUGCCCCCGAACUUGCGGCUGCGAGCCGCAGGAUCCGCAGGAUGCGGCCGUUCGCGCACUAUCGGAGCAUCCCACGUGCGCCGCAGAGCAACGGAGUCAUCGAGCGAUUCAACCGCACUGUGGUCGAGGGGGCCCGGGCUUUGCUCCUCAUGGCCGCCUUUCCGGCGUCGUGGUGGGUGUGCGCGAUCUGUUAUUGGUGCAUGCAGUAUAACGGCCACUGCAGGGGGGCGGACGGGUUCACUCCGUACGAGCGCCGCUACACGACGUCCGCCGAGUACGAGCAGUACCCGUUCGGAGCGCUAGUAUUCGUCGCUGCUGCCCGGCGCGCCGGGGCCAAACCUUCGAAAUGGAGCCCCAGGAUGGUGCCGCAUGUGCUGGUCGGCAUCGGCUGCGGGCCAGGCUUCGCGUGGAACCGGACGUACGGCGUCGUCAAGCUAGAGCACCUCCUCAACAGCGACCGGCCGUCCCGAGCAGGCAUCAGGUACUCCGCGGAGGUCGACUUCCCAGACCGCAUCAUAUUCCCCAUCCGCCAGCGCCUCAAGCUCGCCGGAGCAUCCAAGGAUGCGAGCUUCCCAGCGCCAGCAGUGACUGACGACAACGAGUCGUGGGCGUUGCAGCUGUCCGAGGUGAGCGAGGAGCCGGGCGACGAGGCCUACGACGGGGCCAUGGAGGAGAACGCCCCGAAGCUGGAACCCGGCAACUUCGUCGAGUCCGUCGUGCUGGACCCCGAGGACUCGCAGGCGGCGGACGACCCGGAGCCAGAGGAGGAGGUGGUCGAGAGGAACGGCGGCGAGCAGGCCGCCACCGAACACGAGCCUAAGGACGAGCCUGCCGAGCUCGGCCGUGCGGAGUUGGAGGUUGAGGGGAAUCGUGCGCCCAAGGGCUGGAGGAUUGACACCUUCCCGCACGGGCACCAUACGAGGACGAUUUCGGUUCCGCCCUGGAGCCGGAGGCCGCCCACGGUCCUCCCCGAGGCAUGGCUCAUGUUCAAGAAAUCUCACCAGGAGAAGUUGCGCCAGGAGUGGAAGGAGAAGGAUCCCGUGGGCUUCGCCGCUCAAGAAGCUCGGAAGGCGGCAUAUGAACAUGCCAAGCGGACCAGGGGGAGCCUCCCGGCAAGUGCCGUGGACGCUGCACGCGAGGACGCUCGUGGACCCCCGGCUCCUGAAGUACCGGCUGUGGCCCAGCUCAUGUACGUGGGCAGGGAUCGGCCGAGCGCGACGCCCGAGAACGAGGCCGCGCAAGUUCAAGAUGUUCCUGCUGCUGCGACGGCCGGCGCGAGCGGGCAGUUCAAGGUUGUUGUGGUGGAUAUAUCUACGGAGGAGGAUUCGAAUAUCGCGGAGCUCAUGCCGCAGCACGCCCUGACCGUCAGAGUCACGGAGGGCGACGAGCUGUGCAGGAAGGAGACCAUCAGGGCGCUGCACGGCAUCGUCCGGGCUUGCAGCCAGCUUGGCAUUCCGCUGCACGUCUGGGUCAGCACGGUGCGCACGCCAGGCGAACUCCCAGACCGCCCUGUUGUGGUCGCAGUUGGCCUUUGCCGCCACGUCGUCAAGCAGGGGGGCUACAUCUACUGGGGGUGGCCGCCGACGUCCUCCGUGUGGUUGCGCACCGACGUGCGGCAGCUGCUAGAGUACGCUGGAUCUGAUCCUCGUGACGUCUCGAUGGCUAGCCUCAGCGAGUCUGCCGUGGAGGGCCAGAGCGAAGACCCCAUCAAGCGCCGCACGAACGACCUCCUGCGUGUGUUCACGAACAGCGCGGGGCUCCUUAAGUUGCUCGAGCCGCACGCCCAGGUGCCGGAGAUGCCGCUGGAGUCGAUCGACGGCUGUCGCGACGAAAGUGUGGACCUCCGAGGGCCAUGCUCCCAGGAGCUCGCACGUCUGAUCUGGCAGUCCAUCUUGCCCAUCGCCGGGGGCCACGCCGACCACGACGACACCGCGCAGAACGACGUCGGCAGGAAGACGCCUAAGUGGUCCGUGCUGGUCACCCGGAAGGUCCCGCUGAAGUCGGAGGAAGCAAAGUCGGCCAAGGCACGGGCUGCCAUAGACAAGGAGCUCUCUGGGCACCGUACCCGGAAAACCUGGGAUGAGUCCACGGUGAGGGAAUACAAGGACCUCAUGCGCGACAACUCGAAGGCCGAGGUCAUGACGGGCCGCAUCUUCGGGAUCUUGGGCGAGACCAACGCCGAAGCGGAGCAUGAGGAGGAUAGGGGGAUGAAAUUUCGUGCAGUGUUCCAGGGAUCAAACAUCAGAACUAAAACGGGGACGGCGGCGGUGAACUUGUACGAGGAGAUGAGCAACAGCCCGGCGUCUUUCGUCGCCAUUCGGUGCACCAUGGCGGUGGCUAUCCUGAAGCGCCUCAGCAUCACGGUGCGGGACGCGCUGCAAGCCUACCUCCAGGCUCGCAUCAACGUGGACGGCAGGAUCGAGACGUGGGUUGAGAUACCCAGGGAGUGGUGGCCCGACUCGUGGUUCGAGGGGGGUGACAGGAGCAAGCCACUAUACGUUCGGCCCGUGUGCCUGCUCCUCCUAGCCUUGUACGGGCACCCGGAGGCAGGAGCCCUGUGGGAGAAGAAGCUCACCCAGGUAUUGCUCGGACUCGGAUGGCAUUCGGUGCCCUCUUGGCCGGGCGUGUUCGUCCAUGCCGACGGGAGCAUGCUGACCGUCUACGUCGACGACCUGCUCCUGGCGGCUCUGGGGUGCAAGGCCGACGCCCACUGGGAGGCGCUGUGCAAGAGCAUCGAGUUCAAGGACGAGCUUGCGCCGGUGAACAAGUUCAUUGGUGCGUACUACGCCCUCGACCCUUUCGAUCCGAAGCUCCCCGAUGCGCCUCGCACAGUCACGACGUCGAUGAUCGAUUACACCAGGGCAAUGGUAGAGCGCUUCUGCACCGACGCCGGCCUCAGGAUCACCAGGCCCGUGGACACGCCGUACAUCUCAGCCGAGUCCUGGGCGCAGGACUCCGAGGAGGCAGGGAGGUUUGCAGACGUCGCGGCGUCGCACUCUGCCUCGUCUCUCUUCUUGUGCCGUGUUGGGCGGCCCGACCUGGCUGCAGCCACGCAGCGUCUGUGUAGCGGAGUGUCGCGCUGGACCACUGUCCACGACCUAGCGCUCAUCCGUGUCAUGACGUAUGCUGCUUGCACCUCCACGCACGUCCUCAAGGGCACGCUUGCCCCGGCCGACGUGGACGAUCUGUUGCUGCUGACGUACUCUGACGCCGAUUGGAACGGCGACCCGAUGACCAGCAAGUCCGUGACCGGAUGGUGGAUUGAGCUGUUCUCGCCGGCCUCUGGCCGUAGCUUCCCAUUGUCUUGGGGAUGUUCGCAGCAGUCGUCUACUGGAGGAUCCACCGCGGAGACUGAGACAGUCGCAUUCUCCCAUGUCGUGCGGCGCGAGGCCAUACCGAUCCAGAUGCUCCUGGACGAGGUCCUCCCACGCAGGAUUGGGAUAGCGUGCAGGGUCGACAACAUGCAGACGAUCCAAGCCCUGAGCAUAGAGCACUGCCCCACCUUGCAGAUGAAGGCCGACCUCUUCACCAAGGUCCUGAAUGGCCCGAAGUUCCGAGCAGCGCUGGAGAUGAUCCACAUGAUGCCACAGGCUUGA